AUACCGAAAGCGCUUUUUACUAAAGUAUAGUCCUUAUGUGUCAAACAAGCUGUCGCUUCUUUAUUGUACCGUUUUAAAUGAUGCUCGAUAUAUUCAAUAGUGUACGUGAUGUCAUCAUGACGUCUCGGUUCGCAACCUUGUGGUUUUGACAUCAAUUCUUGUAUCAUCAAACCGUCACGAUGUGCGAUUUUUUAAGGCAGCAUGGGUUAGUACUAAGCUUGCAGUUGUGAAGAAGAGCAGUUGAGCUGUUGUUCAUGAUCUGCGUGCACAAACCGAAGCCCACUUUUCUGUCUAGGCAAUAAACAUCAACGCACCGAACUUGUCAGUAGUGAAUUAGUUUUGGCGUUAUAACGUUCCACACAUCCCAUCACUUGCCAAAUUUACGUACUUUUGCUACCAUCCAUGUAAAUGGUGGUUAUACCGGGCUCAGAUGUGAUGUACAGCACCAUGCUCUGCACUUUUAACUUUCGUCAUCGAUCACGUGAGGAAGAGAACCUAACCUUGUAAGCAGUUGCUCAAUCUAAUACACUUGAGGUUAAGGACACACACCACUCGAUUUUGCAAAAUUUCUCGCGACUCGCUCCAAGUUAUCGAUCCCUGCUUCGGUCGCUUGCAUUUGUUUUGCGUUUCGAUCGUGUGAGUGCCCGAUCACAAUCACCAGCUUCCUACAUUUACGAUAUAAAGCACUGGAUUGAUAAAUAAUCUGACAACUGCACACCCUAGUGUUGCAGUUGUCUUCAGCGUAUGCGUUUGUAUGGGUCGUGCCAACCGCAACUGCUUCAAUUUUCCAUCAGAGCGCUCGAAUAGCACUUUCAACAUUCCAAUGUACUUCUUUGCUGAUGAUUUCGGAGGUAAUCUUUGCAAUAAUAUGUUGACACAGCCAUGCACGGAGAUGUCCAGUGCUCAGAACAGUAUUGAUUACUCUUGCGCUGACUUUUAGACACCUUCAUCCGACAUCUUGACGAGCGAUCCUCGCUAGGUUUAUUCUAUUGUGCUAUAUUUAAGUGGGAGACUGAAAAUUGUUUGAGUGUUCCUGCACCUGGUAUUCACUUGUGCGGUGAUUUUCAGUGACUUUAUGUGCUUCAACAUGGCGUUACACAGACACCUUGUUCGUUAUUUGCCUUCUUUGACAGAUUCGUCAAAGUAGUCGAUAACAGAUCUCACGAAAUUUCCCCUCACGACGUCACAACCUUGCCUUGCACUGCGAGAUACUGGACGCAUUUUUAAUAAAUAUAAUGAAUGAACAUUCACUGAAGCAAAAUACCAAACAUUCGUCCAGCCUAUAAAAUGCAGUGUAUCUUACAUACGAUCAAUUGACUUAAUUGUUUCUGAUCGCAGGGACAGCUUUUCAUAAGCUACAUAUCAGCAACAAAGCAUCAAUCUACCAUCUUAACACAUUUUCUCUAUCGAAAUUCCAUCCCGAGAUCUUAAACACCUGCGAUGGGUUCAGCAAUGGCUGCUGUAAGGCGAUGCACCUCCAUUUCAACGACAUAACUUUUUAGGGGAUGUUUUCUCCUUAACGUGCAGCGCAAUGAUCCGGUCGACCGUCUGGAUCUCAAGUGGUCGAAAAAACUCAUUUAUUAGCUAAUGAAGUCACGUA